AUGUGUGUGUGUGUGUGUGUCUAGUUUAAUUUCACGCCGUGUUAGCGUACGCCAGGGUGAACGGAAUUUUUCACUCCAAAAAUGAAAACGUUUGUGAUGACGCGCAGCUUUCGUGCUCACAGUCGUGAAGUGUGGUGCCGUUUGGUAAGAGGAAUACUGUGUUACACUAAGUAGCAAUUAGCAUUAGCAACGGCAACAGGGGAAGAUGCAAAGUGUGCGAGUGGAAUGUGUGCCGUUGAAAGAAUGUUGACAGAAUUGGCUUUUGUGGUUUUUAUAAAUUCCGGUGAACACACGCAAACACACACGCACAUUAAUAAAUUAUUGUAAGGAAUGCUUUAAUAAACCCACUCCUUUCCCUUGGACCACAAACACAAACGUUCACACUUUGGGCUCGCCAGAACAAUCGACAAUCGAAGGUCAUUUAGAUGAAGUCGUUAUGUAUUAAGUGUACUUUGUUCACAUCCCACUAACAACCACCAUCGCUAAGAGUGUGCCUUUGCUGCGGUGUGUGUACAAACAAAUCCAUACCGCAUUAUCCUGCUCACAAUGGAGGAGUGUCCUUCUAAUUCGCUAACCGAGCUGGAUCGAGAAAGAAACGGUACAACACCAUGCCGCAUACGAUGCCGAUGGUAGCGGAAAGGAAACGAAUAUAUACGAAUACGAAUACCAAGCGACAGCCAAGCACCGUCCGCUGCAACAGCAACAGUCAGCCCGCCAGCGAGUCAGUCAGUCGAAAAGUUCCCUCCGCAAAGGGUCGUCCGAUUGCGUGUGGCGCAGAGCGUGUUGCGUAUGAUCGUGUGCUGUGCAGAGAGUGUGUGUGUUUGUGCAUAUUUUCCCUGUAGUUUCAUCCAUUUCCUGUGCAGUGUUGUGUGUGAGUGACACUUCCGAUUACCUAUGCCGCGGUGAUUAAGGAUUUAAACGGGUUUAAACGGCGGCACUGAAAUCAUGGAUAAACUCUCCACCGUCCAGCCGGCACCGGUCGGGUCGGUGGUGUGUGGUGUGACGGACGUCAAGUUUUCCCGCCCGCUGCCCAGUUCCUCCUUUAGCAUAGAGAACCUCAUCGCGGUCAAACGGCGGCGUAGUGCGGGCGCUGGAUCCUCCUCACCCGAGAUCGAUCCCGGCGAUCAUCAUGGGUCGUGUUCACCGCCGGCAGCAGGACCAAACGUUCCACCCGGUUACGGUGGUCUCCUGCUGGAGACAUCACAGCAGCAGCAGCAGCAGCAGCAGCAGCAGCAACACUAUCUAGCUGCGGCUGCUGCCGCCGGCUACAGUGCGGCCAUGCUUUCUUUCAGCUCCUUUCCACCACUGUACCAUCCGUGGAGUACGGGACUGCCGACUGCUGGGCGCUAUCUGUCCCAGGCAGCGAAUGAAAAAUUGUCCUCCCUUCUGUUUCACCACCACUCGAGUGGAGGAAAUAAAUCGCACCCGGGGGGGAUCGAACCCUGCCCGGGGACGUACCCAGCGGCCGAACAGCCGUCGGGUGGUGGUGGUGUGCUACCGACGAGACCGUCCAGUCCGAGGGGUGCUCGAAGUGGCGAUAAAUUGUUCCCAACCGAGGUGGAUCUGCUGUCGAAGGUGUACGCUGUCUACCAUCACCAGCAGCAGCAGCAGCAGCAGCAGCAGCAACAGCCACGCUACCUCACACCGUCCUCACCGGGCACAGGAUAUACUACUGGAGCAACGCUGGAACCGAAUGGCGUGAAUCCUGGCACCGGGAAUGGCCAACUCCAUCACCAACCGCAGUCGCCGGGCGAAACGAUUGACCCGGGCAGUGACGGUGGGCCGGAGGAUGAGGAGCGAACACGCCCGACCAUCGAGGACGGGGGCGAGAGUGCGGACGGGUCGGCAUACAGCGAUGACAUUAGUCUGACACUUUCACCGUCCGGAUGCGGCAAAACGACCGAUCUCGGUGACAGCGACUCGGACGCCUGUUCCGAGGACGAUUGCACACAAAACUCGUCCUCCUCUGGGCGGGCGGGCAAAUCGGGCAGCGGUGCGGAAAACUCCAAAUCCCGUCGCCGCCGAACCGCCUUCACAUCGGAACAGUUGCUGGAGCUGGAGCGAGAGUUUCAUGCCAAAAAGUACCUCAGCCUUACGGAGCGUAGCCAGAUCGCGACCAGCUUGAAGCUGAGCGAGGUGCAGGUCAAGAUCUGGUUCCAGAACCGUCGUGCCAAGUGGAAACGGGUCAAGGCGGGCCUCAAUUCACACGGUCUCGGCAAUCGCAAUGCCAGUGGGUCCGGCACCGGUACAACCGGAACGGCGAACAAGAUCGUUGUGCCGAUCCCGGUGCAUGUGAACCGAUUCGCUAUCCGAUCGCAGCACCAGCAGAUGGAAAAGAUGAACCUGGUUGGGCCGAAGGCGGAACUGAGAAAGGCUGACCUUGGGCUAGCGGAAUCGGGCGGUUUCGAGCGUUUCGGGCUGAGCAAACACCUCUCGAAGGUAGUGCCAUCCGCGGAAGUAACCAGCAACAGGGUGGAACCUCCGUUUCCAGCAGGACCUACGCUACAAGCAGCACCACCACCAUCAGAGGGUGCCUCAAAGAGUUCCAUCGAAAGUAGUGGUACAGGUGGUGGUGGUGGUGGAGGAGGAACAGCAAGCAUUGGAGUGGGGUUCCAGUUGGGUAUGGGCGUGUGUUCACUUGCUGGCCCACCGCACAGUGCCUCCCACCCGGUCGCGCUCGUAGUUAAUCCGAAAACAUUCUAAAAUAUGUACAGUACGUGAUCGGGAGAUGGAAGAAGCACUCCACUGUAUCUCACACUAAUUGUAGUUUUGUGAAAUAGAAACGAUUAACUCUAACCCAUGCUCUCGUUGGGAGGGGGGUUCUGUGAUGGUGAUGAAAAGGAAGUGAAAAAUGCAUCCCUCAGUUCAAUUAAAGUGUGUACAGACUGAUUGGUGUUGUGUUGCAAUUGCACAAUUAACAACAGGAACAACAAGUACAUCAUGAUGGUAAAUACUUCUGUUCGUUGCCGAGUUCGAAGCUGCUGGUGUGUACAAUUCACUCAAAAUGAACAUCAUUUUGCCCGUUCUUAAAUCAACGCUAAUUGCUGUGGCAUUAAGUGGAUUGAAAUGAUUAAUUAAUAAACUUAAGCCACACAAACUGCAGCUUCCGGCAUUGUGUUGUAAAGUGGAAUGGGUGGCGAUGGUGGUGGUAUUAAAUGCACACACUGAUUACUUAAAUUGAUGAACAAGUAAGAGUUAGAAGUGAACAAUUGUGGGUUGAAUUUUUAAAACAACCCUUUUUUAUUUUAGUUUCGUUUAUGUAAAUUAAUGUUCAAUUAUUACGAAUGUUUCUAUUUGAAAUAAUUAUUUUUCUUCUAUUUUCGGGGAGCUAGUCUAUUUUCGGGGAGAAGUAUUGAAAAGAAAUACUUAUUAAAUUGUAUAAAAAAAGAGUAAUCCAAAUUAAAAAGAGGGCAAAUACAACAAAAGCAAUAAACUGUUCAGUAAAAAAAGGAUAAAAAUGGAGCACUUCUACGAGAUGUACACACUGGAAAGCAAAUCGAGGAAAAUGAUAACAAAAAGCCAUACAAAAGUAAGCUAAGUAACGUUAAAUACGUGUAAGAAAUGUUAAGAGAUGUAAGAAAACAAUAAAC